CGUAAUGGCGCACGACUGGACGGCAGAUGUUUCACCAGCGGGACACUCUGUCUCUGCUCCCUUUAUCUGAAGCCCUCUGACUUUUCCCCUCCGCUGCGUGGACGUGCGUUAACUUGCUCUCAAAGAAGUGGACGGAAAAGUAGAGGAAGGAGCAGGAGGAGGAGGAGGAGGAGGAGGAGAAGAAGAAGAAGAAGAAGAGGAAGAAAACUGGGCUCACUCUCCAAACCGUCCCGGCUUUUGUACCGGGGGAGUUGUCGUCAUCAGCGCUCAGAUAUCUCCCCCCACUCUCGGCUCCCUAAAUGGAUGGGGCAGUCUUGGUCUAUGUAGUUCAGCAGCACAGGCCGUGAAGGCUGGAAGCAACUUGUGAAUAGAUCCGUCAGUUUGGCGUCUGGAGGGAAACGCACAGAAAUGCGCGUUGCUGCAGUUGAACUCUGAGGACUUUUCUAUCCUGCACUUUCUGCCCAGUGUGUGUGUGUGUGUGUCCUUGUGUGUGUGUGUGUGUUUCCUUUUUCUCCUCCUCUGCUCAAAGUUUACAACAGACAGGAAAAGUCAGCGCUGAAGUGGCAGCUCUCACUCUGCAGCCCUCGCUAUGGAUUGGAUGUAUUUAUUCAUGCGCUUUUCACUCACUCAACUAUUUUUGGAACAUAUUUUCGCUGCAGAAACUGAUGAACAACUCUCUGGGAAGUUAAGUGAAUACGGUCUCAUCGUGCCCUUCAGCACAGACUCCCACGGCCGGUACAUCUCUCACGUGGUCUCUGCUGGAAGUGGAAGUAAAGGUGAUGGUGGUUCCGCUGCUGGUGCUGCUGCCGCCGGUCCCUCAGACCCCGGCAGCAAGAGGAGGGUGGCCCGUGGUGCCCCCGAGACACCCUCGGUCACCUCCUCCUCCUCCUCCUCCUCGUCUCAGCACUUGUUUUUCAAUGUCACUGUGUUUGGGAAGGAACUGCACCUCCGCCUGAGGGCCAACAGGAGGCUGGUGGCCCCGGGGGCUUUCGUGGAAUGGCAGGAGGACUAUGAGGAAAAGGCCAAGGAACGUAUCCACAGGAACUGUGUUUUCACUGGGGAUGUGAGCGAUAUGCCGGAGGCUACGGUGGCUAUCAGCAACUGUGACGGACUGGCAGGUCUGAUCCGGACUGAUAAUGGGGAGUUUUUCAUCGAGCCCCUCGAGAAGGGCCAGCAGGAUGUGGAAGUGAAGGGGCGUGUCCACGUGGUCUACCGCAGGUCGGCCAUCAAGCGGGAGUCGGGCCAGCGGAGGGAGGACCUCCACAACGAAGUGGCGGACUUCGGGAUCGCGGACCUCCCCGCCUCUCUGGAUCUCGUGGAGCAGAAGUUGUCCGAAACCGAGCGCAAGAGGAGGCACGCGAAGAAAGACGACUACAACAUCGAGGUGCUGCUGGCUGUGGACGACUCGGUGGUGCGCUUCCACGGCAAGGAGCACGUGCAGAAUUAUGUUCUCACGCUCAUGAACAUAGUCGAUGAAAUUUACCACGAUGAAUCUCUGGGCACCAACAUCAACGUGGUCCUCGUCCGCAUGAUAAUGGUCGGCUACAGACAGUCGAUAAGCCUGAUCGAGCGUGGCAACCCGUCCCGCAGCCUGGAGCAGGUGUGCCGGUGGGCCAACACGCAGCAGCGCCGCGACCCCGACCACGCCGAGUACCACGACCACGCCAUCUUCCUGACAAGGCAAGACUUUGGUCCUGCAGGUAUGCAAGGCUACGCUCCAGUGACGGGGAUGUGCCACCCACUGAGAAGCUGCACUCUGAACCACGAGGACGGCUUCUCCUCGGCCUUCGUGGUGGCGCACGAAACCGGCCACGUGCUGGGCAUGGAGCACGACGGCCAGGGCAACCGCUGUGCUGAUGAGACCAGUAUGGGGAGCAUCAUGGCGCCACUCGUCCAAGCGGCUUUCCACCGCUACCACUGGUCGCGAUGCAGCAAGCAGGAGCUCAAUCGAUACAUACACUCGUACGACUGCCUGCUGGACGAUCCCUUUGAGCACAAGUGGCCCAAGCUUCCCGAGCUCCCCGGAAUAAACUACUCCAUGGACGAGCAGUGCCGAUUUGACUUUGGCGUCGGUUAUAAAAUGUGCACAGCCUUUCGAACCUACGACCCUUGCAAGCAGCUGUGGUGCAGUCACCCCGACAACCAGUACUUUUGUAAAACUAAAAAGGGACCUCCGGUGGACGGGACGGAGUGUGCACCAGGAAAGUGGUGCUUCAAGGGCCAUUGCAUCUGGAGAUCGAGCCAGCAGCCUCAGGGCCACGAUGGGAGUUGGGGCUCCUGGUCAAAGUCCGGUUCUUGCUCAAGGACUUGCGGCGGUGGCAUUCGCUCCCGCAGCCGACAGUGCAACGACCCUCCGCCUGCGUACGGUGGUCGAGAUUGCCCGGGCUCUACUUUCGACUACCAGAUGUGCAACACCGAGGAGUGUGCUGGACCUUACGAGGACUUCCGUGCCCAGCAGUGCGUCCAGAGGAGCAACAAAUACCACAAGAACAUCAAGCACACCUGGCUGCCAUACGAGCACCCAGAUGACGGCCGCAAGUGCGAGCUGAGCUGCAAGUCGAAGGACACAGGAGAGGUGGUGUUCAUGAACCAGGUGAUGCAUGAUGGGACCCGCUGCAGCUACUCAGACCCCUUCAGCGUGUGCGCCCGCGGAGAGUGUCUGCACGUUGGCUGCGACAAGGAGGUCGGCUCCUAUAAACAAGAGGACAAGUGCGGAGUGUGCGAGGGGGACAACUCCCACUGUCGCACCGUGAAGCUGACGCUCACCAAGACGCCAAAGAAGAACGGAAUGCUGAAAAUGUUCGACAUCCCAAUAGGAGCUCGCCACAUUGUUAUUGAAGAGAACGACACCUCCCCUCACAUAAUCGCUGUGAAGAAUCAAGUUACAGGGAACUUCAUACUGAAUGCAAAGAGUGAGGACGCUGAGUCGAAGACCUUCAUCGAGAACGGUUUACAGUGGGAGUAUUCCAUGGCUGAUGAGAAGGAGACCCUGAAAACAACUGGUCCUCUGCAUGAGGGCAUCAUUGUUCUGGUUAUGCCGCAGGAGGAAGAUACAAAAGUCAGCUUGACGUAUAAGUACAUCAUACACGAGGACCUGUUACCGCUUAUCACCAACAACAAUGUACUUCUAGCCGAACUGGACACCUACGAGUGGGCAUUGAAGAGCUGGUCUCAGUGCUCCAAACCAUGUGGCGGAGGCAUUCAGUACACAAAAUACGGCUGCAGGAGGAAAAGUGACAGUCGCUUGGUGCAUCGCAACUUCUGUGAAACCAGCAAAAAGCCCAAACCCAUCCGCAAACGCUGCAAUGUGCAAGAGUGCAGCCAGCCAACGUGGGUGGUGGAGGAGUGGACUCCCUGCAGUAAGACUUGCGGGAAGCUUGGCUACCAGACCAGGGUGGUGCAGUGCAUGCAGGCGCUCCACAACGGCACCAACCGGCCCGUCCACAGCAAACACUGCACCGAGAACCGUCCGGAGACGAGGAGGGCGUGUAACCACACAACAUGCCCCGCCCAGUGGAGGACAGGGGCCUGGUCUCAGUGCUCGGUGACCUGCGGCGAAGGAAUCCAACAGAGGCAGGUGGUUUGCAAAGCCAGCGACAACACCAUCGGAGAAUGUGAGAGCGAGAAGCCGGAAACCGUCCUCAUUUGCAAACUCAACUAUUGCCCAGGACAGCCGGUGUCUUCUCUCAGUGUUGAGAAGAUCUUAAAUACCACGAUAAAAGCAGAUGAAGCGACACGACAAAGGGUUUCUGAAAACCCCGUCCACAAAAUCUCCUCAAAUGAGCCAUGUCUGGGGGAUAAAUCGAUUUUCUGUCAAAUGGAAGUUCUGGCCCGUUAUUGUUCAAUCCCUGGAUAUAAUAAGCUUUGUUGUGAGUCUUGCAACAAGAAAGAAAACCUCGCCACUCAUGCCCCUGAUAUUGAAAAUGCCCCUGUGGUCUCAGUCGAACGUGAGUCCUCCUCUCCUUCUCAAUCCUCAUCAGCCAAAGCUCCUCUACCUGCCACGACCCAGAACCCGCCACAAACCACUAAAGCCAUCAGCAGACGGCCAUGGUCCACCGCCCCGCCGUUGACCACCGCCGCCGCUGCUGAAUCCUCCACAUCCGCAGGUGCUGCUCUGUCCCAGGUCCCCACCAGUGCCUCCUCCCUCGUAGCUGAGAAGGAAGACUCUGCCCCGGGGCCUCUUCUACCUCCAGAGCCGCCACGGCCCACAGCAGACUCCAGUAGAGGUGCCUCUAAGGAGCACAGUCCAAACAGCACUUUAGGCCCAGUCACUGCCAAGUCAAGAAGGGACGAUUUAGGAUCCGAGAGGGACUCCAGUCACAGAACCCUGUCGGCUCAGAAAUAAGAGACAGUGAGCGAUGCUGUGAACAUGCUGCUCAGUGAAACGCUCUCAUACAUCAGCUCAGCCUGCGUAGCAUCUGAUAGACUUGCAGUCAGGCUGCAUUUUUUUUCUUUUUCUUUUUUUUUCCCAUGCCAGUGAACUGACCAGUGAUGGUUACCUCAUCAAAUCUCCAGAGCGACCUGUGUCGCCCUGCCCUCUGUGCUUCAAAUAUGAAACGGGAGAAAAAGAAGUUGUCAAAACAAAGGUGCUGUAAAAUUAAACGACUACAAGACGUGUUCAAAAUGUGAUGACUGCAUUGCUACAUUCAUGUUUUUAUCUGUGUACAGUUGUGUAAGCCUGUUUUUUCUCAAGUGCAUUAGAACUACUAUUGAACUGGUAUUGUGAACAUGACUAGAGGUCAAAGGCCAUGGUUGCAGGCAUGCAGGUGCUACCUAUGCGAUCCUGAGUGUGCCAACAGAAUAAUUAUAGACCACUCUGCAAUCUCUGCAUACAUUUGAUCUUUUACCUAUUACAUUAAGAUUAGAUUAGAUUUUUUUUAAUGUAUUCUGCUUUUAAAAAUAUCAAUGAAUUAAGUGGAAAGGAAAAUUAAAUUGCAAAAAGUAUUUUGUAUAGAUAUAUAUAUAUCUAUAUAAAUAGUGUGUUUAGAUUUACAAGUUUUGUAAUUCUUGUCAAGCCUCCAUCCACCUGUUAUUGUUCAAGCUGAAGGUGGCGCUGUUCAUUACAUACCAGUGGACCAAUCAGAGCCCCUGUUACUAUGGUAAAGACACAGACAAAAAAGCUAAAUUUAUUCAGUUCAAGCAAGUACUAAAAUACCAUUCACAUUAAGAUUUUGGAAGCAUUAACAUUGCUGUAACAAUUGUUUGGCAUUGCCUCUCACACAGUGACCUUCUAGACAUGAUUUGUUGCUAUGAGGUUUCCAAGCAACCAGCUGAAACGCUGCUUAUAGGUGCUCUGGAUGCCGAGCUCGGCGUUUCAUGUUUUUCAGCUGAUUCCCCCCCCCCCCUGCUCCAGUAAUCAUGCCAGUCAUCAGCCACAUGCUAACAUUAGGCUCACAUCUGUUGUGAUGUCGGAUCCAGAUACAAAAAAUAUCCACUGUUCACAUUUUUUUUACUAAUUUAAUGGCUGUAGCUUUUUUAAAUGAUUACUAGUUUUUCUAAAUUGAUAAUAAUACAACAGUUUUUUGGAUCUAUAAUUAUUUCCUCGGCACACUCCAGGUUUCAUAGUCAUCACUCCAGGCAGAGACCUUCAUGACAUCUCUGUCCCCGGUGCUUCUUUGUUUUUAAUAUUGUCCACAUCCAAUGUUGUGGUGAUAAAUCAGCGAGGCUCAUCCCUGCUGCAGCGUGCCGUCACAAAAAAGAUUUCAGAAAACAAUAAAUCAUGAAGGUUUUUUUUUUUUUGUAACUGAUAUAUUUUUCAGAUAAUAAUGUAUAUAGUGUAAAUUUCAAGUCAUGAAAAGUUGUGUUUUGUAAUUGGAAACUACAGGUGAUGCUGUAAGUCUGCAGACUGUGGUCGGUCAUCGUGUUACACCAUUCCUGCAUUGCAGUCCGUAACAUCAUUAUGUGUAUUGUAUAGUUCUUGUAUAUACCUACGUGGAUGAAAGCUUUAAAUGUUAAUAUUUAUUGAAUUUUUAAAGUGGUAUGGAGAACAAAGUAAAAGACAUUUGAAAGAA